UUCCUCUGAAACUCUGGAGACCAACGAAGUAUCACUCUGAAACUCCCAACCACCAGAACACAAAGUUUCCAAAAGGGCAUAGAGAGAGAUGCUGACGCAGUCCCUUUUGCGUCCCAAUUCGCCUUCAGUGUCAUCAUCCUCAGGUAGCUUCUCCACUUCUCUCUCUUUGUUCUGUCCAACUUGUCUCAAAUACUCUGAGAAACACAAGCUGCAUGCUUCUCUAACUCACUCAAAUCCCAGCGAGGGUGUCAAAGAAUUCAACUUUCUAGCUUUAAACGACGAAACUCAUUCAGUUACUGACUACCCAAGUGUCCCAACUCUAGGAGAGGAAAUUUCUUUUGAGUUAUACAACCAUUUGUUACAAGAUUUUUGUAGAGUUGGGCAUGUUGAUAAGGCCAUGGCUCUUCUUGCUCAAAUGGAAGCUCUUGGCUUUCGACCCAAUUCGAUAUCCUACACUCGUUUAAUUGAUGCUCUGGGAAGUAUUGGGAGGACUUUGGAGGCUGAUGUGUUGUUUCAGGAAAUGAUAUUUGUGGGGUUUAGGCCAAGAAUUAAGCUUUACAAUGUGUUGCUUAGAGGGUUUUUGAAGAAAGGUUUGUUAGGACUCGCAAUUAGAGUUUUGGGGGUAAUGGGUGACUUGGGUACUGAGAGAAAUCAAGAAACUUAUGAGAUUUUACUUGAUUACUACGUCAAUGCUGGGAGGUUGGAGGAUACUUGGUCAAUGAUUAAUGAGAUGAAGCGGAAGAGGUUUCGGCUGAGCUCGUUUGUGUACAGUAAGGUUAUUGGUCUUUAUAGGGACAAUGGGAUGUGGAAGAAAGCAAUGGACAUUGUGGAGGAGAUAAAAGAAAUGGGGAUGGUAUUAGACAAACAGAUUUACAACAGCAUUAUUGAUACAUUUGGGAAAUAUGAUGAGUUGGAUGAAGCAUUGGAAGUCUUUGGGAAAAUGAAACAAGAAGGUGUAAGGCCUGAUAUUUCGACCUUUAAUUCGUUGAUACGGUGGCACUGUAAGUCUGGUUUGUUAAAGAAGGCCCUUGAAUUGUUUACCGAGAUGCAAGAACAAGGAUUAUAUCCUGAUCCGAAAAUUUUUGUUACUAUUAUCAGUAGAUUGGGGGAGCAAGGGAAGUGGGAUAUGAUACAGAAGACCUUUGAGAAUAUGAGAAGCCGAGGGCAUAAAAAAAGUGGGACUAUUUAUGCUGCUCUGGUUGACAUUUAUGGGCAAUAUGGAAAAUUUCAGGACGCAGAAGAGUGUAUAUCUGCACUAAAGGCAGAAGGUCUUGUUCUCUCUGCCAGUAUGUUUUGUGUCUUAGCAAAUGCCUAUGCCCAGCAGGGAUUAUGUGACCAGACAGUCAAAGUACUUCAGCUCAUGGAAGCUGAGGGAAUCGAACCAAAUGUGAUAAUGCUGAAUGUUUUGAUUAAUGCAUUUGGUAUCGCUGGUAGACAUUUGGAGGCUUUGUCCAUUUAUCACCAUAUAAAAGAAAGUGGUUUAAGCGCCGAUGUAGUUACUUAUACUACCCUUAUGAAGGCGUUUAUUCGAGCAAGGAAGUAUGAUAAGGUCCCUGAGAUAUACAUGGAUAUGGAACAUGCUGGAUGCACCCCAGAUAGGAAGGCUAGACAGAUGUUAGAAGUCGCUUCAUUGGUCCUUCAACAGAGGGACUGAGAGUAUCCAAAGUUCCAAACGGCUUUAAGCGAGUUUAUGAUGCGAUGUGCUCAUGUUGUGUCGUAUUGGUAUAAUUACAGACCACACUUCUCUUGAUAUUAUCGUUAACCAAGGUGAGUUUUCUUUCUUCUAUUCUCAUGAUGUUUUGAACUUCAAUGAUAAGGCUUUAUAUCUAAUUGACCUUGUUUGUACUAUAUAAAAUGCUGUUCUCAGGUUUUCUGAGACGGCUGUUGAAUUACACAUCAUAAAUAGUUAAACUUUCAGCCGGUGUAAUUUUCUGUUUCUGAUGCAAUACACGGGAGUGAGAUCUCAAAUA